UUUCAGCGACAACAACUCCGAGAACGGGGAACCUUCCAACGGUGUAGAGACUCCGGCCCAGGAGCAGGUGGCACAGUGAGCUUGGUGCCCUCGGCUUUGUAUGAUUGUUCAACGGGGCGAUGCGUGAAAUGAUUGAUUUAAGACGUCUAUUUUACUGGUAUAUGAGCACAAGGCGUGGUGAAGGGCUUCUUCUUCAUACAGUUUUACAUUUCGGUCCGCGUAUGGAAUAUUACAAGAGUGAACACUCUGUUCUGGCCUUAAUUCCAGGGUAUGGUUGGGCAACAGACAUCGGAGCGUUUGGUUUUUUUCUGUGUAUACGGGAGCAUUAUCGCGAUCCCUCCGGCCAUUGGUUCCUCUCUACUCUACGUUAUGCGUUCGGCGUCGGUGUUGUUAGGAUUUCAGUGGCAUAAAAUAGUCGGCGGCCCAUUUCCUGUUACAUAUAAACACAUAUUUACAGACCCAAUAUUGCAUUCAUUAGUG